AUGCCGAACAUGGCGGAGAAGAAGGAGGAGGCCCCUGACUCCGGGGAGCCAGUGUGCGUGCUGUGCGGCCGCGCACAGGUGAACCCGGACAUCUGCGGGCAGACAUUUGCCAGCGGUGGGCUCUGUGCCCACGAAUUCUGCUUGGUCUUUGCCAACGGGCUUCUGCAGUGGAGAUGCCCAUCGGGGCAAAUUUUUGGCUUCCCCGUUAGCGCCAUCCAGCACACGCUCCAGCUGGCAGGCCAGAAGAACUGCUUUGUCUGUGGCGGGAGGGGAGCUGCCAUCAGCUGCGCGGAAGCAGGCUGCGAGCGCAGCUUCCACCUGCCCUGCGCCGAGGACGGGCAGUGCGUCACGCAGCACUUUGGGCUGCACAGGUCCUUCUGCUGGGAGCAUCGCCCUCGGCAGGCAGCGGAGGCAGCUCCGUCGCAGAACACCAUCUGCGUCAUCUGCCUGGAGCCCGUGGGGGACUGCACGUCCUACCACACCAUGGUGUGCCCGGUGUGCAAGCAGGCCUGGUUCCACCGGGGCUGCAUCAGGAAACAUGCCCUGCACGCCGCCACCAUGCGCUUCUUCUGCCCUGUCUGCGGAGGAAAAACAAGAUUCCGCUCCCAGAUGACCACCCUGGGCAUCCAAAUCCCAAUCAGACGACCAUCUUGGUGGGACGACGCAGCAUACCAGCCGCUGCGAGAAAGGCACAGGCGCUGCGACGCCAACCCGUGCAUCCACCUAGGAGGCAGGGAGAGGGCACACGAGCAAGGGCUCUGGCAGCUGGUCAUCUGCAGCUCCUGCGGCUCAGAAGGCACGCACUGGUGCUGCUCCUUCUGGGCCAUGGGCACAAAUGGCUGGGAGUGCGACACCUGCGCUGGCAGGAGCACCGGUAAGAGAAGACAGAGGACCACACGGUCCUCCAGAACCUCCCUGGCAGAUGCAGCCAGAAAUCGUCUCAGGCAGCGGGAGACCGGCCGCACAAGAAGCCGCUCCCCAUUGCGAGGCCGGGCCUCGGGCUCCCAGAGUCGGCCCCGAAGACAGCGUGGUGGGAGCCGUACCACAGCCCAAGGUAGUCAGGGCGGCACCGGCACCUCGGCCACACCAGCACCACCGAGGUCCUCGAGGCCUUCCCCUCCGCCUGCACGCAGAAGACAGUCCAGGCAACGAGGGCGGGCCCCCACUCGAAGCCGAUCCCCAGUGGGGCGUCGCGCUUCCACUUCCCGCAGCCGGUCCCGACGAGGCCGUGGGAGCCGGUUCAGGCAGCGGGGACCAGCCCGGGCACAAAGCCGCUCCCGGGCAAACCACCCGAGAAGACGGCCCCACGGCCAGUCCCAAAGACGGCGCUGA